UUCACCGAACGGAAUCAACGGGUCAUGGACGUGCCUCUUCCGCUGCUGCUCGGCUCCAUAGCCGUGUCCAUCGCCGUUUGCUACCUCAUCUUCGUCCGCAACGGGGCGGCAGGGAAGCGGCGGCCUUUGCCGCCCGGGCCACGCGGGUGGCCUGUGCUGGGCAACCUGCCGCAGCUUGGCGACAAGCCGCACCAAACGAUGUGCGCGCUGGCGCGGGAGUACGGGCCGCUGUUCCGGCUCCGGUUCGGCUGCGCCGAGGUGGUCGUGGCCGCGUCCGCGGACGUGGCGGCGCAGUUCCUCCGCGUGCACGAUGCCAACUUCAGCAACCGCCCGCCCAACUCCGGCGCCGAGCACGUCGCGUACAACUACCAGGACCUUGUGUUUGCGCCCUACGGCGCGCGGUGGCGCGCGCUGCGGAAGCUGUGCGCGCUCCACCUCUUCUCGGCCAAGGCGCUCGAGGACCUCCGUGCCGUCAGAGAGGGCGAGGUCGCGCUCAUGGUCAGGAACCUGGCGCGGCAGGCGGCGGCGACGGCGCCGGUAGUGCUGGGGCAGGAGGCGAACGUCUGCGCCACGAACACUCUGGCCCGCGCCACCAUCGGUCGCAGGGUGUUCGCCGUCGACGGUGGCGAGGGCGCCAGGGAGUUCAAGGAGAUGGUGGUGGAGCUAAUGCAGCUGGCAGGCGUUUUCAACGUCGGCGACUUCGUGCCGGUGCUCCGGCCGUUAGACCCGCAGGGCGUGGUGGCGAAGAUGAAGAGGCUGCACCGUCGGUACGACGACAUGAUGAACGGGUUCAUCAAUGAAAGGAAGGACGGUGGCAAGCCCGACGGGUUCGCCGCCGGCGAGCACAGCAACGACCUCCUGAGCGUGCUGCUCGCGAGGAUGCAGGAGGAGCAGAAGGUGGACGGCGACGGCGAAAAGGUCACCGAGACUGACAUCAAAGCUCUGCUCCUGAACCUGUUCACGGCGGGGACGGACACGACAUCGAGCACCGUGGAAUGGGCACUAGCGGAGCUGAUCCGGCACCCGGACGUCCUCAAGGAGGUCCAGCACGAGCUCGACACCGUCGUCGGCAAGGGCCGGCUCGUAUCCGAGUCCGACCUCCCACGCCUCCCCUACCUCGCCGCGGUGAUAAAGGAGACCUUCCGGCUUCACCCAUCCACACCACUCUCAUUGCCUCGGGAGGCUGCGGGGGAUUGCGAGGUGGACGGCUACAGCAUCCCCAAGGGCACCACCCUUCUGGUCAACGUGUGGGCUAUAGGCCGCGACCCGGCCAUGUGGCCUGACCCGCUGGAGUACCGGCCAGCCCGGUUCCUCCCUGGCGGGACGCACGCGGAGGUGGACGUCAAGGGGAGCGAUUUCGGCCUCAUCCCAUUUGGAGCGGGACGGAGGAUCUGCGCAGGCCUCAGCUGGGGCCUGCGAAUGGUGACGCUGAUGACCGCCACGCUGCUGCACGGGUUUGAUUGGGCUCUGGCUAAUGGCGAGACGCCGGACAAGCUGAACAUGGAGGAGGCCUAUGGGCUCACCUUGCAGAGGGCCGUGCCCUUGAUGGUCCAGCCCGUGCCAAGGCUGCUUCCAUCGGCUUAUGGGCUGUAGGCAGUUGUACUAGUAGCCAGUAAGGCAGAGCAAGCGUAAGUAAGUGUCUUUUUAUUUAUUGAACCUUUUUACUAUCUAUUUUUUAAAAACAAACUAUUCUAAAACUAUUUUCCAAAUCUGCACAAUUUAAUCAUAUGAUCGCAUUUUGGAAAUAAGUUUUGGGACUUUUAUUUUUAAAAAUAAAUAUUAAAAAGGUUCAAAAGAUUGAAAAAUAUAUGUAUACUUAUUUUCAAACUUGAACGAGUGUUAUAUGGCACAAAGGAACUUCAGGAAACACUCUAGAUGGAACUGGUCAAGUUACUGUCGCUGUAAAUUAAGGUAAGAAAACGGUGGAAACUACUUGUAGUGUUUAUCGGAUGAUGUGAAAUAUUUUGUUGUCAUUUGGUGAAAGAAUAAAGUAGUGUCGGUGUUAUUUGGCAAUGAGGUAUUAA